AUGCUGAAGGGAGAGAAAGUGCCGGAUACAGAGGAGAGGAAUAGUGGUGAAAAGAGAGAAGUAGGGGGGAAAGUGAAGAUGGAAAAACUGGGAAAAAAGUUAAGAAAAUUGAGGUGGGAAGUGACAAGGGGGCUGAAGGAAGUUAGAGAGAGGUUAAGAGGCUUGGAAGAGAGGUUAGAGGCGCUGGAAGAAGGACUGAGACGGGAAGAAGAGGAAGCAGGAGAGAAGGAGGAGAGGAGUAUGCGGAAAGCAAGAGGAAGAAGCAAUGGAAAGGAGGAAAUUCAGCAGGACGGUGACGAAGAAAAGAGAGAGAUGAGAAAGAAGAGGGACGGACAGGACGAUAGAAGAGAACGAAGGGGGAAGGGAGACAAACAGUCGAAUGGAGAGAAGAGGGAAGAGAAGAUGGGGGAUGGCGAGAACGGGAGAAGAGAAGAAAGAGGAGAGGAAGGGAAGAAGCGGAAGGACAGAUGCGAGGAGAGCUGGUGGCAGGAGAUGAGAAGAAGAGAAGGAGAGGCGAGGGAGCGAGGAGAAAAGUGA